AUGGGGCGUCGCGAUGAGAACAUAUCUCGGUCCAUAGUACUCGCCAUCCUCCGAGACGACAGCAAGGCUGACAGCGGCUUCCGCAUUUGGCGUCCGCUUCGCAGGUUCUUCGCGCUCUAUGGGCUCGUGCUCACCCGGAUUCGGCCAGAACUGUUCCAAAGGCUGAGGAACAAGACAUGGGGCAUUUCAGAGGAGGAUUAUAAGGCCAGCUUUAUGGGUAACGAGUCGCUCAUACAGAAGGGGGACAUGGGCUACUCGGGUUCGACAUUCUUCACGACCAAGGACAACAAAUAUCUCAUCAAAUCGGUGCCCCGCCGGUUCGAGCAUACCUUCUUCCGCGAUGAUCUGUUAGAACCCUACAUUUCGCAUAUGGAGUCUCAUCCGGAGUCCCUCUUGGUGCGUAUCACCGAUUUUCUCGCCUGGCGAUAUCGUAGUCUGGGCGGCCUGUUGGGCUUUGCGCCAAACCACCAUCUAGUCAUGGAGAACCUGCUGUACGGUCAAGAAGAGGAUUCUCAAUGGCAAACCUUCGACUUGAAACCGAUGUCGUACUUCUUUCCCGAAAGAGAUAUCGCCGGCGGCAGACUUGCUUCGCAGGCAACCAAAUCGAAGCUUGCCGACGAAUUCGACGACAAAAUGCUACUCAGCCAGUCUCAAGCAGAUAUGUUUCUGAAGUCACUGGAAGCCGACACCGAGCUGCUCGCGCAAAAUAACGCAGUCGACUACAGUCUUAUGCUCGUCCGCAUCCCUAGGCCUGCUUCGUCCGCUAGCGGCAGUGAACUUGACGACCCAUUCCGGGACCCUGAGCCACUUGACUGGCGGAAGGGCGUGCCGUCACAGGACAACAGAUGGUUGUUUCGCGCCGUGAUUCUUGACUUUUUCUGGGCCAAACACAAGGUUCGAGCCAAGAUGAUGACGAAUCUUGUCGACGCGUGGAACCUUGUCAAUGGCCAGGGGCCUAUGAGUAUCACCACCACGGCCCCGGAGUAUCGCAGCAGGUUUCUCGACAUGUGUAAGAGCAUUGUCCAGGUUGAAGAAGCUGGGCUAGAAGGUGGAGGUUCCGCAUCCUGA